AUGUUCUCCGAGCUGGCCCUUACCUCCUUUUUGGCGGCCACCGCCCUGGCAGUGCCCCACCAGCACGCUCACCAGCACCGCCACUACCAGCGCAACACCCACGCCUCCAACUUCACCAUCACGGUCAACAACAACUGCACCAAAGACCUCUCGGUAGCCACCUUCGGCAUGUCCGACACCUUCAUCAUCACCCAGGAAUCUGCCACGCAUGUUAUCGAGCCCUCGUGCUCCGCCAACAUCUCCACCAACUACUACGGAGUCGGCAUGCGUCUCUCCCCCAACGCCCACCUGCCCAUUGCAAUGCAGUACCUCCCCCAGGCCAUGUUCGAGUACGGCUACUCCAACACCGGACCUCAGGGUCUCUCCGGCACCGCUUACGAUCUCUCUUUGAUGGGCCACGUUGCGCCUGGAAUCAAGGUCGUCCCAGCACACCCCGAGUGCGAACCCAAAUGCUGCACCCCGGGAAACUGCCCCAUCGAUCAGGGCUGGACUUCCGCUGCUCAGAGCUACGCUGCGGACGUUACCUGCUACCAGGGAAUGGUUGAUUUCGAGGUGACUUUCUGCCCUAACGAGUAG